GAUAAUAACUUGUACCUUCUAGCUAGAUUCAGCUUGAUUCCAAGGUCAUGUACUGGUCUGUCAGCAAGCUCAGGAAGUGAGAUUCAAAUGAGGCUUCAUUUUCAAUAUUGUACAAGUGAUUCCCGAGAGAGAGUUUCAAAGAGGCACCUUUUAAGGGAAGAGUUGCAGGAAUUAAGGAGUGGAUGCCACAAUGUUUGCUGCCGAAUGUGUGGAUCUGCUGUGUUGUCACCAGAGAGGUAGGUUGAUCUCACUAUUCUAGAGGUUCAAUGACAAGAUAAAUAGAGUAAGAACUUCAGUAUCUUAUUGAAGGUCAAGUAAGGUACUGAUUGAGUACGAGUGUACUGCAGUCACAAUGAGCAGCAAAUGAUUAUGAGUUAUGAAUGGGUCAGCAGAGAGAUGUCCUGUAGCUUUUCUCAGAGCUUGGCUUCAAUAGAUUCAAAGUUGCAGUGGACAAAUUUCAAUUUCAAAAUCUCUCUGGCCCAUCCAUAAUCACCUUUCUUGGUGAAUAUUACAUUUUUAAAACGAUUUGUCCCCAAGGAAAUUAAAGAGAGUUCUAAAGUUACCAUCAGAAAAUUGGUUUGAGCUUGCUCAAGACUGGUGUUGCCAUGGCAGCAGUUAUCUGACAUCCCUCACAGGAGUUCUUGACCCAAGUGAAGAUGACUGCUUUGUAGGUGAAUACUUCAUCAGGGUCCAUCCUGCAGCUGCAGAAACUAACAACUUGAAGAUCUUUUCUGUAAGUAGUGAUAAAUAAUGUAAUUAAAAACUGAAUCAUUUAGCCUGCGUAGCAGGCGUCGAAAGGGGUAGGGGAUAGGGAAAAAGGGAAAAAGGGAAAAAGGGAGGGGGGUAGGGGAGAGGGGGGAAGGGACGCCUGCUACAAGAACCCCCUUUUAUUCAUUUCUGUGGAUGAUGGUGUCCGCAAAUUCCUGAUUGGCUGAGCCAUAUUGAGUAACUUAUUGGCGUGUAUCCUGGCGUGUAUUAGUGUGAGAGACAAACAUGAUGAAGGCAUCAAGAAAAUGUGUUCAACUGGCGUUAUAAGCUUUGGAAGAUCAAAAUUACUCCAAUCAUGUACUAGCAACUUCUCGUUAAAACCCGAACUAAAACCAACUGUAACAGCUUGUUUAGCAGGCAGAGAUGCUCAGGAGGUUUUGUAUACUGGAUUUGUCCAUACACUGAGCAGCGAUUCAUAAGUGAUUGUGAUUCUUGCGAGACAUCUGCAAUGCCGAUAUUCAAAAGACCUCCUUUUCCGCAAAAACAUAUACUGUCUUGAAUGGAGUUUUAAAUGGUUUGUAAAGAGAGAGCUGAAGCUUUGGUAAAAACUAUCCAUUGAACGUUUUGACAAUUGUUUAUAAUUCUCCUUUACUUUCAUUAUUCGCAUCUCAGGCUGUUCUUUGUGACCAUCACGGUGCUUGAUGAGGUUGUAAGAUAAAAGGUCUUGUGUAUUCACAUGAAUCUGAUCAUUGUUUGUCGUAGACUGCGAGCAGUAAAAAAAUGAGAGACUGCUCGUAGUCUAUGUUUGUCGUGUUUGCUGCAGGAGCAAGAACAGUAAAAAUGUUUCAUUUUGCUCGAUUAUGAUAUCACUUGAAAAAAGCGUCUGAACUUGACAAUUUCCGGUAAACAAAGUAAUUAAGUGCGGACCAUGCUGAGAAGCCCCGUACUUGUGAUUGGUCACGUAUUGACAGUGACAUCAUCGGAUUAGUUGAGAUAAUGGUGGGCGGAUUACAAAAACAUCGGCUCUGAUAGCAGGCGCCCCCUUCCCUUUCCCCUCUUUCGUGCUUUUCUCCCUCCCCCCCCCCCCCCCCCCCCCCACAGGCGCCCCCUUCCCUUUCCCCUCUUUCGUGCUUUUCUCCCUCCCCCUCCCCCUCCCCCUCCCCUUUUUGUGCCUGCCACGCAGGCUAGAAUCAUUGGAUAAUGCAAUUCUAGAGCUCUGAUUGGCUUAGCCAUCAUGGUAUAUGAGCCAUUGUACAUGUAUCAUGCUCUCUAAAUGUGGUAACUGUAUGCGCCUGCUCAAAAUAAAAAGCAAGCUGAACCUUGGUUGUUUUUUCAAAUAAAGUCGGGAAGAAUUCUCAAUAAUUAUUCUGUGGGCUUUUUUAAUGAAACAAUUAUUAUUUCAGUAGCGCUUAUGAUUAUGAUGAUUUACGAUGAUUGUAACCACUCAUAUCCAACACGCACUUGUGGAAUAAUUGUUGUGCUUCUAAAAAAGACUCAUUUGGUGGUUGAUAUGACUUAAUGUGACUGCGUGAUGCAGUUUUGAGUCAUACGUGCUCAUCCUGAUUUGACUAUGUGACUGCGUGAUUCAGUUCUAGUCAAAGUCCCACAUUUCACCCUUGCAUGCCAUGGAGUCUCCAGUAGCUCAGUGGUUAGAGCAUCUGACUAGAUCAUGGAGGGUUGUGGGCUCGAAUCCCAUCUGGGGCUCGCAUUUUUUCCAAGUUUCUAUUUGAUGCAAACAAUGUAUCAUGUUCUACUUUUACAAAAAACUCACUUGCAACUUUUUUUUUUUUGUCCAGGAAGAGGAACAUUACCAAAUCAAAUGUUGUCGAUGUAAUGCCGUACUAGGAAGUGGUAGUACAGAGGAAAAAAAUCAUAGUUCAUUACAUAUGGAAUUACGUGAUUUUACCAGCAUAAAUCUUCAUAAACACAGGAUCAGCUUGAGACACAGUCACUUGUUUAGGUACAGUAUGCUUAGUGUAAUUUGAGAAGAUGUUAACACAUAAUCCAUCAGGAAAUUGAGUAAUUCUAAUUUUCUGUGGACAAAAACCUUGUACCAGAAUAAUUUAAAUAAUAGUGCAUUCCUUUUUACAUUUUCAAGGGCUAUAGAAUGAUGUAAUUAGUUAUGUGUAAUAACAGCAAAGAAAAUUUCUUAUGGGAGCCAGAGAAAAUAAAUGUCAAACUUCACAAAGUGACAUCUUGCACAUGAAAUUUUUUGGAUUUUUUUCCUGUGGUUUCACAAUUCUUGUGAUAACAGAUAACUAAUCACAUCUAUAAUUACAUCUAUAGCUCGUGAAAAAUGUAAAAAAAGAAUGCAAUAUUCUUUAAAUUAUUCUGGAACAAGGUUUUUGUAAUUACUCAAUUUCCUGGUGGAUUCCAUCUUAAUUUUCACACUGCAGAAAAGAGAUACAUUGUAUUGUUUAGAUCUUCUAUUACACACAGGGUUGAAGAAGGGGUGGGGGGCAGAAGAUUAUACCCUGCUAUCAUUCUAGCUGUUCAACCCACUAAUUGCUGAUAUAUAUAUUUAUACCAGCAACUUGAAAUCUCAGAGACAGCCCUGACAUAACAGGAGAAUUAAAUGCAUAAAAUGUGUACAUCCCUACUUUUAACAAUUAGAUGAGGUAAAAAGGGUACAAAUGUAUAUUAUGUAUACUUAAUUUUUUAUGCAAUCUCUGAGGGCAAUACUUGUGUUUAAAAGGUUAUGGAGGAUGAGCAAUUCAGCUUAGAGAGAAAGGCAACAACAAGAAAAACGGAAAGCAUGAAACAUCUUUCCUCUCGUUCAAGAUCUUACUGUGUCGUCUGCUCACCAGCAAGGUGUCUUUGUACCAUGUGACUGUUUAGCUGCAAAGGGCCCAACACGGCCGCUUUCUAGAAUCAAUGCUGUAUCGGACUUGUAUAUUUAACUUGCAAUGUUGACGAAUGCCUAUUACGUUUUAUUUAUUUAUUUUAGGUCCUAUUGUACUGAAACUUAUAUUUCUAGUUGUUUAACCUCAAAGUCAAAAGGUGCUGUGAACUUCAGGUUUCUUGUCCAAGAGUCUAUGCAGAGUGUAGAGAAAAGAACGCAUGCAUGUGUAAGUCAUUCUUUGGGAAACUGGUUGAAAAAUAUUUGAUUUUGCGUCCAUAAUUCUUUCGUCCAAUUCGUUUUGUUUGAAAAGUACAUGUAAUAUCAAAGUUAGAAAUGAAGAUGAUGUGAACUGUGCUAAAAGAAAACGAGCGUAGAAAUUCAGUGCUGAUGACGUGUUAUUAACAGAUCUGGGUAGUGCUCCUGAUUGGUUGAAUCAAAUCUCCCACGCGGCACGACCAAUCGGAAGCACUACCCAGAUCUGGGUAGUGACGUGUCGUCAGUAUGGAAUUUCCACGCUCAGACGUCAUUUCGCGGGAAAACCAUGUGUCGAGAUGUCAGCUGUUUCCUCAAGCCGGUAUUUGGGUGAGACACUGUCGUGACUUAUGUUUUCCUCCAUUUGUGGAAUUUACCGAGACACUUCAAGUAUCAGGACCAAGGUACUUGGUGCAGAUGACUGGAAAUGGCAAUUCGGCCAGAAACAAAUUAAAGGAAGUAAAAACAGUGGCCUUACUUAAUACCUGGUGUAAUGCUUUUUUUUCAUUCUGGCCUCUUGUCACCAUUGUUGUCCACCACAUGGGUGUCUUUCUUCUUGUCAAACUCAUCAAUCAUACUUAACAUUUUGUUUUAACACUGAUUUUAUUUCAGCUUUGGCUUUUCAAUCCAGAUACCGCGGUGGUAACAAAUAUUGAAACUUGUAACGUCCAUUGCGGGAAAGGACACCGUGAAGGUGGGGCAUACUCCAUCACAAAUAAAGGUAAAAAAAAAUUUUUAUUAAACCUGUAAAUGUAUUGACUCAUUGUAAAUUCUAUAAAGGGAAAGACUUUUGAGUAAGUACGGUUCCAUAUUCAAUGUAUACAGAGGAUUGAAAAGACGAUUGGAACUACAGGAAAUUCGCACGGUUGAAACUGGCUUGCUACUGCAAAAGCCUAUAGUCCACUUAUGCCUGCUCCUCCUCCCGAUAGUUCGCACUUUUGUUCGUUUUUUCUAUUUGUAGUCCUCUCUUGCGAAUUGCUGGUUAUUGUAUACUUUAUUUCUGCGUUUAUUUCCCUGCUUGUGAUUGGCUAAAACGUCGGUGCCAUUUUCUGUGUCAAAUUCUGCCGGUUUUAUAGGUGAGGUUACUUAUAGGUUUUAUUUCCUUUCAUAAUCACGCAAAUUUAUCCCAGUAUUCCGAUAUAUAUACGUGACCCGAGGGUUUCCGAAAUAAUGGGAGUAGAUUGUGCUAAGAUCAUUUCAUGUCAGUUAUACCGUAAUUUUUCUGUUAUUCUCACAGCAAAGUACAUGCCCGUAGUGAAGAUUCUUUACAAGGCAAGACCACUGUUUGAUGACAGUAGCUGGUGCGUACAGUAAUUUAUCCUCUCUGCAUAUCUAUUGUCGCAUCACGACAUACUAAUUUAUGUAGAGGUUAUUUACCUGGAAAGAAGGGGUAUGUGNCUGCAUAUCUAUUGUCGCAUCACGACAUACUAAUUUAUGUAGAGGUUAUUUACCUGGAAAGAAGGGGUAUGUGAUAUAUUCACCUGUUGUCGCUCCGAGUGUGUAACCUGAGGGGCGGUACCAGUUGAAUAUAUCACAUCACGCCGCCCAAAUAAUUAUAUGACAGGAGACGGCAAAAGAUCAUAAUCGACCCCGAUUGCCGAGAACUCUGGUCCCGGUAGAAGGCAGGCAUGUUACCGAGACGCGCUCAUUAUAUAUGCUGCCAGAAUAUUUUAAAAUUCUUGCUUGGCUCUGAGGCUUGAGGGAAUGAAACAAAAGAAAUGUAUUGUUCAGUGCUGAGCCUCAGGAUGAUUUCUUUUGUUUUAUUCCACAAAGUGUCAGAGCCAAGUAUGAAUUUUAAUAUAUUGAAAUUGGUCUAUUGGUUUUAUCACUUUUAUGAGCAAAACAACAGCUCUGUACGUGCAUCACUGCGCUUUUUAGUAUACAUGUAUUUCCUUGAUGUCCAUUGCUCAGCUACAACGCGCAACUUCCUUUUGCGACCUUUUCUGGAGGACGUGAACACACGAAGGCGAAUUUUCCUUUCAAUUAUUUAGCUGGAUACAGUCCUGUGUUCAUUGUCUGCGUUACUACAAAUAAGUAGUAUUUUUGGUAAACUUAGUCUUUCGCACAACGUUAUCUUUUCUAUACUGGAACAGAAACCAGAUUCCAAGUUACUCGAUGUACAAUGCAUAGAUACAUAUAUGUAUACAUACUUUUGCAACCACUUCAUGCAAUGUUUGGAGACUAAACCGGAAUUUUUUGUCUAAUAUACACAACAACCACUGCUUAGGUCAAAAGUAAUUCAAGUACAUAAAAAGUAAUUACGGUUGUUGGUCUGAUAAGAAGUUCUGGUAGAGGAAGGACUGUGUAUCCCACACGAACAUCUGACCUUUGAUUUCUCUUUCCUUAUUUUGCAGGAAAGAUGAAGUAUCUUCCUGGGAAGAAAAUCCCUCUGUCGAAGUUCUUACGUUCACAAAAGAGAUUUGUUUACAUCUUAUCCUGCUUCUAUCACAGAGUACGAACACUAUAGCGCCGUCUUUGAGAGAUAUGAACGAGUUUAAGGUA